AUGUCUAGAAUUAUACAUACUAUUUUAUGUAUGGUGCUUUUGGCGUACGUUAAGGCCGAUUCUGACUUUCCAUUUUGGGAACAUGAUCAAAUCCCCGUAAGGGCACUAUCAACACGAAAUGAAGAAUCCAUUUACAGACUACCAGGAGAUGUUGUGCCCUUGGAAUAUGACGUAUAUCUAGAUCUUUUUUUUGCUGAAAGGACAGAUAGACCAUUUAGCUAUGAUGGAAGAGUAAACAUUACUAUACAAGCAGUCCAAGAAAAUGUGACUCAAAUUGUACUACAUGCCAAUGUUGAUAGAGUAAGGGGUGCCAGUUUGUACAAAAAUGAAAUACCCGUACAAUUAAACCAUACUAAUGCACUUAUAAUUGAAAGACAAUAUCAUUUCCUGAAAGUUAAUUCACUUAAUGCUCUUGUUGUUGGUGAAAAUUAUACUUUGGUCAUCGAGUACAGUAGUGUUAUGAAUGAUGGACCAAUGAAGCGAGGCAUUUGGCGUGGUUGGUAUAUUGAUGAGAAUAAUAUAGAGAGAAUCUACGCAACAACUCAUUUUCAGCCGUAUAACGCAAGACAAGCUUUUCCUUGCUGGGACGAGCCUUUAUACAAAGCAGUAUUCACACUACAUAUAUCUAGGCCAACAAAUUACUCAGCUACAUUUACUAAUACUGGAUUGGACACUUAUGAUCAUCUAGACAUGAAUUUUCAAGAUCGAGUUGUGGAGCAUUUUCUGCCAACACCGAAAAUGUCAACAUACCUCGUAACUUUUCUAGUUAGUGAGACGUUUAAAGUUAUAGCUAACGAUACCUCGUUCAAUCCACCCAUAAGAAUAAUCGGUAGGUCAAAUACCCAAGGAUAUGGGGAUCAUGCCUUGAACUUGACUGUUGGAAUGACGAAGUUUUUUGGUGAUUACUUCGAUAUGCCAUACGAGAGUUUGCACAAGAAUCUGUAUAACGAUCAUAUAUCUUCUCCGGACUGGGCUUCAGCUGGUACCGAAAAUUGGGGUAUGGUUAGUUAUAGAGAAUUGAAUCUGAUUAUAUACCCACGUGAAACUAUUAUGUCUGUUGAACAUUAUGCUACUACUCUCGUGUCCCACGAGUUGGCACAUAAGUGGUUCGGGAACUUAGUCACCUGCUACUGGUGGAGUAAUACCUGGAUCAAUGAAGGUUUCGCCAGUUACUUUGGUUACAUUGCUUCUCAUGAGGUCUUUCCACAAUAUGAAUUACACGAGCAUUUCAAUUCUAGAUAUCUUCAAACUUCAUUAGCAUUCGACUCCGGGAGUACGGUACCAAUGAAUAAUGACGUCAAUACUCCUUCUCAAGUCACCGGUCACUUUGGUACAAUCAGUUACUCUAAAGGUGCCGCUUUCCUUAGGAUGACUGUCAAUAUCAUUAGCCCAGAAACUUUUCAAAAGGCAUGCAAGAUUUUCUUAGAAGAUAAUCGACUAGAACCCGUGGAUCAAUAUGAUUUGUAUGAUGCAUUUGCUGCAGCUAUAGCAGAAGAUGGUUCCUUGAGAGAAUAUAAUGAUUUCAAUUUCACAGAAUAUUAUCGUGUUUGGGUCAAUGAGCCUGGUUAUCCGCUACUCAAUGUAGAUAUUAACCAUUCCAAUGGUGAAAUAACACUGACGCAGGAGAGAUUUUUCUUAAAUGGAAAUACACCACCUACUGGACAAAUUUAUCCUAUCCCAAUCACAUAUUCCACUAAAAGCAAUACAAGGUUUAGGGAUUUAAAACCAGUUUCUAUGAUGAGUUCAGAAAUAGCAGUAAUACAGAAGUCUGAAGAAGAAGAAUGGGUGAUAUUCAAUAAUUUGCAGCAUGCUCACUACAGAGUUAAUUAUGAUGAUAAAACAUGGGAUUUGAUUGCGGAGGCUUUAUUGAAUGAACCCGAAACUAUUGAUCAUCUAAAUCGAGCACAAAUAGCUGACGACGUAUUUGCUCUAAUGCGGUCAGAAAGACUAACAUACCAUAAGGGUUUCCAAAUACUGAAAUUCCUGCGCUAUGAAUCCAACUACCACGUGUGGACUGUUGCUAUUAGUGGAUACACGUGGCUACGUAACAGACUUAGACACUUACCGUCACAGCAGGCUACUUUUGACUCUUUCAUCUUAAGUUAUUUGGAACAUGUGAUAGAAACCGUUGGGUACGAGACUAUAAGUAAUGAAACACCUACAAUAAGUCUCACCCGACAAGAAGUUCUCCAGUUUGCAUGCAACCUCGGCCAUGAGAAAUGCGUAGAAGAGUCACUUCAGUGGUUUAGAAGACUGAAAAAUCAGCAGUGGGUGAAUCCUAAAAUACGACGUCAUGUCUACAUAACUGGUGUUAGAGAAGGUACAUCUGAAGAUUAUACAUUCUUGCUAAAUAGAUUUAGGACUUCAAACUUUGCUAAUGAUAAAUUGGAAAUGCUGCGAGGUCUGGGGGCAACGAAAGAUUCUGAAUUAUUGACCGAGUAUUUAGAUCUAACACUGCAGAAAGAAGUAAGAUCCCAUGACAAAGCAACUUCUUUUAAUUAUGCUCUUCUAGGCAAUAAAGAGAAUGCAAAUGUUGCACUGGAAUAUAUUAAAAAUAACAUAGAUGCCAUCAGAGAAGCAUAUGUUGAAGAUUCACCGGCCAAUCCCGUACAAACUGUACUGUCAAAUCUUGCAACUUAUCUCGACGAACCUGAACUUGUGGAUUACGAGAACUGGUUACGUACAACGCAGCGGGACUCACUGCAAUUCAAUAACACGAUAAACGCAAUCAAUAACGCUCGAGCCAAUAUAGAAUGGGGAACUGCCAACGCCGAUAUUAUUUUGAGUGCUGCGAGAGACAGUGCAUCUAUUGUUGUUACUUCAGCUAUUAUGUUACUAGUCACAACACUAUUCACCUUUGUUCUUUAA